AUGAACCCCAGCGACCCCAGUGACCCCAGCUACUCCUUGGCUUCACUCUACGUGGGGGACCUGCACCCCGAUGUGACCGAAGCAAUGCUCUAUGAGAAGUUCAGCCCGGCUGGGCCAAUCCUCUCCAUCCGGGUCUACAGGGACAGGACCACCCGUCGCUCCCUGGGCUAUGCCUCAGUCAACUUCCAGCAGGUGGAGGACGCUGAACGGGCCUUGGACACCAUGAAUUUCGAUGUGAUAAAGGGCAAGCCGGUUCGCCUCAUGUGGUCUCAGAGGGACCCAUCUCUGCGCAAAAGUGGAGUUGGCAACAUAUUCGUCAAAAAUCUGGACCGAUCCAUUGACAGCAAAACACUGUAUGAUACGUUUUCUGCCUUCGGUAACAUCCUUUCAUGUAAGGUGGUGUGUGAUGAGAACGGCUCCAAGGGUUAUGGAUUUGUACACUUUGAGACACAGGAAGAAGCCGAACGAGCGAUUGAGAAACUGAACGGGAUGUUUCUAAAUGACCGCAAAGUGUUCGUUGGUCGAUUUAAGUCGCGUAGAGACAGGCAGGCCGAACUUGGAGCUCGGGCCAAAGAGUUCACCAAUGUUUACAUUAAGAAUUUGGGAGAAGACAUGGAUGAUGAGAGACUCCAGGGUCUCUUUGGCAAAUUCGGGCCCGCCUUAAGUGUUAAAGUCAUGACUGAUGAAAGUGGAAAAUCCAAAGGAUUUGGAUUCGUAAGCUUCGAACGGCACGAGGACGCACGGAAGGCGGUGGAUGAGAUGAACGGGAAAGACCUUAAUGGGAAACAAAUCUAUGUUGGUCGAGCUCAGAAGAAGGUGGAGCGACAGACAGAACUGAAGCACCGAUUCGGACAGAUGAAGCGAGACAAGCACAAGACUGAGCAGGUGCCACAAGACAGAAGCGUCAGAUGCCAAGGCGUCAACCUUUAUGUGAAAAACCUUGACGACGGCAUCGACGACGAGCGCCUCCGGAAGGAGUUUUCUCCCUUUGGUACCAUCACUAGUGCAAAGGUUACGAUGGAGGGCGGUCGCAGCAAAGGAUUUGGCUUUGUGUGUUUCUCCUCUCCCGAAGAAGCUACUAAAGCAGUUACGGAAAUGAAUGGUAAAAUUGUGGCCACCAAACCACUCUACGUAGCUUUAGCCCAACGCAAGGAGGAGCGCCAGGCUCACCUCAGCAGCCAGUACCUGCAGAGAAUGGCAGGCACUGCCGCCGUGCCCAACCUAGUCAUCAAUCCUUUCCAGUCAGCACAGGCUCCUUCAGGUUACUUCAUGACGGCUACACCACAGACUCACAACUGUGGGGUCUACUAUACUCCUAACCAAACUUCUCAGCAAGGACCAAGCCCCCGUGGGAAUGCUCGAGGUGCCAGAGCGACUCUAUUCCCAACUAUGUCUAGUGCCGUCCAUCCAUCUAACAUUAGUACAUCAUUUGCUACGUCAGGACCAGCUCCCUCACAGGCCACACGAAGUAUGUCAACAUAUCGUGCUGCCAACACAUCCACACAGAUGACGGGCUUACAUCCUGCAGCUGCUCCUGGGGCCCGCACAGUUACCCAGUACAAAUAUACUGCUGGAGUCCGAAAUCCCCCUCAGCAUCUGAAUCCACAGCCACAAGUCACCACACAGUGGUCAACUGUACCUGUUCAAGGUAAAGAAUCUUUGACUGCCUCCAUGUUGGCAUCUGCGCCUCCUCAAGCCCAAAAGCAAAUGUUAGGGGAAUGGCUGUUUUCACUUAUCCAGGCCAUGCACCCUGCCCUCGCGGGUAAAAUCACUGGCAUGCUGUUGGAAAUUGAUAAUUUAGAACUACGCCACAUGCUUGAGUCCCCAGAGUGUCUCCACACCAAAGUUGAUGAAGCCAUAGCCGUACUGGAAGCCCACCGAGCUAAAGAGCCUCCCUAUCAAGCAGUCAGCACUGUUGCUGGUGUCUCGACCACCUAA